AGGAGGCAACAAAGCAGACACAAAAGUCCAUAUUUACGAGACCCCACGAGUGGCCUCCUGCUUCCUCAUCUCCUUCUUCGUCUUCUGCUUCUCAGUUCUCUCCUCCUUCAUCGUCCUCCUUCCCCAGAGGUCCCCCACCUCUCUCUUCUCUCUCUCUCUCUCUCUGUGAAACUGGUCAAUCUCUCAGCCCCACAAAACUCAACCCCAAUUUUUUUUUUUAUACCAUGAACUCGCAUCAUCGUCACCCAGAAAUAAGGGGGAAAUUUUAUUAAUAUUAAUAUUAUUAAUAAUAAUCCCACCAUUUUUUUUGGCCUCCUUCCCCACACCUAAAUGGAACUAUCAGAUUUGCAAACCAACUCGUCCACUCACCACCACCACCACCAGCAGAAGCAGGUCUCUUCGACGACGUCGUCUCAGCUUGUGGUCCCCAGUUUCGAUGGCAGGCCUUCGCCUUCUUCGUCUUCGUCGUCCCCUUCUUCCUCAUUCAUGGGCUCCAUCUCCAUCCAAGCUGGCCUUUCUUCUUCUUCGACGACGUCUUCGUCGGCUAAUUCGUCUUCUUCUGUUUCCUUAUCCAAUAAUUCUUCUUCCGUUUCGGCUACUACUGCCUUGCCUUCUGCUUCCGCUGCUCCUCACCUCAUUGAUGCCUCCCUGGCUAUCGCCACCAGAUCUGAUGCCCAUCCGCCGGCUCGAACCGGAGGGGUUGUGGAUGCCGUGAAGAAGACUCAAAUUCAGCAGCAGUUGUCGAUUUCUACGGCGCUGACGGCGACCGCGAACCCGCCUAAGAGGUCUACCAAGGAUAGGCAUACCAAGGUGGAUGGACGUGGCCGGAGAAUUCGAAUGCCGGCGACCUGUGCGGCUAGGGUUUUUCAGUUGACGAGGGAAUUGGGGCAUAAGUCGGAUGGGGAGACAAUUGAGUGGCUGCUGCAGCAGGCGGAGCCGGCGAUCAUCGCUGCUACAGGCACCGGCACUAUUCCGGCGAACUUCUCGACACUCAACGUGUCGCUGCGCAGUAGCGGCUCGACGAUCUCGGCUCCGCCAUCGAAGUCCGCUCCGCAUACGUUUCACGGCGCGUUGGCUCUCACUGCUCAUGGUCACCAUAAUCCUUAUGAAGAAGCUUUCCAACACCACCAUCUCUUAGGGUUUAACCCUCACCAUCACCACCAGCAGCAGCAGAAUCAACCCCAUCUACUGACAGCCAAUCAGAUUGCGGAAGCGAUUCCGGUAGGCGGAGGCGGCGGGGAGAGCGGCGGAGGCGACGGGCCCGAUAACUAUUUGAGAAAACGCUUCAGAGAAGAUCUCUUCAAAGAAGAUAACCAAUCACAAAACGACAGUGGAGGAAGCUCACCCAAGGCAUUCAAGAACAAUUUACAGCAAAUCCCGAAGCAACAGGAGGCAGCUGGAUCCUCGGGCUUUCUUCGUCCAACCAGCAUACUCCCCGCUGCCGCUACCAUGUGGGCGGUAGCUCCGGCUCCGGCGAGUGGCGCAGGCAGCACAAUCUGGAUGUUACCAGUGAACGCCGGAGGGUCCGGUUCAGGUUCGUCGCCGGAGACACAAAUGUGGCAGUUUCCGACGGCCCAAGCUGGUUCUGGAAACAACACGGUACAAGCGCCUCUGCACUUUAUGCCCAGGUUCAAUCUUCCGGGGGGCCUUGAAUUUCAAGGAGGUGGAGGGAGAGGCGGUUCUCUUCAACUGGGUUCCAUGAUAAUGCCUCAUCAACAACCAUCUCAGCAUCUUGGAUUGGGUACGUCUGAAUCUAACCUGGGCAUGCUGGCUGCUCUAAAUGCCUAUUCCAGAACUGGUUUGAACAUGAAUUCUGACGGAAAUCACCCAUUGGAGCACCAACAUCAGCAGCAGCAGCAAGCAACAGAUAGUGGAGAAGAAGGUCCUAACAGUUCUCAAUGAUUUAGAGGGACAAAAACAAUUGAUUAUUUGAAGUUGAACUUGUGAUGAUGAGUGCUUGAAAAAUAUUCCAUGGAUGUUGGUCAUCUCAGAACACUUUGAGAGUUUCUUAGAUGUGUGGCCGUGAUGUCUUUCUUGUUCUUCUUUUUGUUUAUUGAUUUUUCUUCCUCUUUGCUUUGAGGAAGUUGAUAUCUUGAGCUUGAUUUGGAGGACUUUGUAAUGUGAUUCCAUUAGCUUGAUCUGGUCCAAAGGGACUGACAGUUAGCUGGCAGAGAGAGCUUGUAUAGGAGGAAAUUUAUCUUGGUGUUGUCAUUUUCUA